AUGGCCUCGACACCAGCGGGGUCCGCAAACCAGCCAAAACUCGCACCGUCUCCCUUCUCGCUCCCUGCCGAUCUUUCAAAACUCCCCGAUGUCCCGGGCACCGACCCCACACGCUGCGUGCUCGAUGCCUUCCGAAUCGCUAUCGCAAAGGUCCUCGCCGACGCUCUCCCCGCACUCACUGUCGAGAAGGCGUAUGAGGGCGUAGACUACGGCAAGAAGGGUGAAGACUUUACCGUCGCGCUCCCCCGGUUCCGUCUGCCUGGCAAGGUGGACGAGCUCGCGAAAAAGGUGCUCGAAAAAUUCCAACCCGACGAGUGGAUCGAGACCGUCGUCCACUCCAAGGCUUUCCUCCACUUCCAGUGUCGCACGACGACCCUCAACUGCCUCGUCCUCGACCAAAUCCACGCCCUCACCUACGACACUGAAUCGAAAAAGCCUGAGUAUGGUGCGAACUCCCUUGGAGAGGGCAAGCGUGUCCUCAUCGAGUACUCCUCGCCCAACAUCGCCAAGUCCUUCCACGUCGGCCACUUGCGGGGCACCAUCAUCGGCGCCUUCCUCUCCAACCUGUACCGCGCAUGCGGCUGGGAGGUCAUCACACUGAACUACCUCGGAGAUUGGGGCACUCAGUUCGGUCUCAUCGCGUCCGGGUUCGAGAAGUACGGCUCUCAAGAGAAGCUUGAGGAGAACGCGAUCCAGCACCUGCUCGAGAUCUACGUCAAGGUCAGCGCCGACGCGGAGAAGGACCCGUCUGUGCGCGAGGAGGCCGCCGCGUGGUUCAAGCGGAUGGAGGACGGCGACGACGAGGCGCUGAAGAACUGGCGUGUCUGGCGCGAGCUCUCAAUCCGCAAGUACGAAGAGGAGUACGCCCGGCUCAACGUCCACUUUGACGUGUACACGGGCGAGAGCAUGGUUGGCGCGAAGACGAUGGAGGACGCGGUGAAGAAGUUGCAGGAGAUGGGCAUGAUCGAGGAGGACAACGGUGCGUUACGGGUCAACUUAGAGGCGUACAAACUCGGGAAGGCGGUCAUUCGGAAACGAGACGGCACCUCGAUUUACCUCACACGAGACAUCGGUGCUGCGAUCGAGCGGUACGAAGAGUACAAAUUUGACAAGAUGAUCUACGUGAUCGCGUCGCAGCAAGACCUGCACCUCCAGCAGUUCUUCAAGAUCCUGCAGCUCAUGGGCCAUCAGUGGGCGCACAAUCUCGAGCACGUGAACUACGGGCUCGUGCUCGGGAUGAGUACCCGGAAGGGCACGGUGGUCUUCCUCGACCAGAUCAUCCGCGAGGCAGCCUCGAUGAUGCACGAGCAGAUGCGUAAGAACGAGGAGAAGUACAAGGCGAUCGAGGACCCCGAGUACACGUCGCUUGAGGUCGGCAUCACGGGCGUGAAAAUCCAGGACAUGGCUGCCAAGCGGAUCAACAACUACACCUUCAACUGGGAUCGCAUGCUUUCCUUCGAGGGUGACACCGGCCCCUACCUCCAGUACGCGCACGUCCGGCUCGCGUCGAUGGAGCGCAAGAACCCCGACCUCGUUCCGCUCCCAGCCCCCUCGCAACUCCGCACCGACCUCCUCGUCGAGGGCCAGGCGCGCGACAUCGUCUUCCUCCUCGGCUCGUGGCCAGACGUGGUUAAGAACGCGCUCAAGACGCACGAACCCAGCAACGUGGUCACGUUCGCGUUCCGGCUCUCGCAUGCGAUUUCGAGCGCGUGGGAGACGGUGAUCGUCAAGGGCGAGAUGGACAAGGACAAAGCUCGGGCGCGGCUCGCGCUGUACGUCGCUGCGCGAGACGUUCUCGGGGCGGCGUUGCGGUUGCUGAGCAUCACGCCGCUGGAGCGCAUGUAG